AUUCACUUGAAUUUGGCAGAGUUAACACGUCGGUCUACAGGUUUAUCAGUGAUAUUACGGCAUUCAAGUGACAAAACUCAGUGUGUGUUUACUCCAGAAAGUUAACCUAAUCAUGAAAACGUGCGUUUUAGUAUUGUGUAUGGACCGUUGUAAAAACACUUAAUUAUGGGCUAAACAGACUUUGAAGGUGGUUUUAUUUGUUUUUUAAGUUUCUCUUUUAUUUAUUAUUUUUCGAUCGAGUGAUGCAAAGUAAAAAUCAUUGUGCUUUUUCUUAUUAUCUCGACAAUGUUAUACCACCGGGACUGAAAACUUUUGAAAUGUUAUGAUAUUCAAGAAGUGACUGUUGUAUUUUUUGUUUUUGAACUUUUUUGUGUUUAUUACUAUUAACUGUUUCGAAGUGCAAUGGCUAGCAGUAGUGGCGUGCAACAGUUUAUGCAACCAACGAACAGUCCGUAUCAUUGCAAAGAAUGCGGUAUUUCGCUGAAUUCGGCAGAAUCAUUGGAUGUUCAUCUGCAAUAUCAUAAAGAAAAUUUACUGAAGCAUUGGGCUAUACAGGCAGCUUCCUCGCAUUCUGAAGAAACCAAUAACAACAACACUAAGGCAAAUAUUAAACGUGAGUUAAUUUCAAAUAAUACUGUAGCUCCUGCUGAUAGUUCUGAUUCGAUGCAAAAAAAGAGUCCUGAAUACAGCAGGACUACGCCAGAAUCGGUUUUUGGUCACCCGCCGACACCGCAGAGUUAUCAGAGCGCAUCAUCUCCGUAUCAAAAUCAAGAGAAUUCUACUUUUUCUCCAAAUUUUCCUAAUUAUCAGGUGAAAACCGAACGCAAUUCUCCUACUCCCCAGCAGCAGCAGCAGCAGCAGCAGCAACAACAGCAGCAGCACCAAUAUCAAAGUAAUUACCCUAAUUAUUCAGAACAGCAAUAUUUUCCUAUGGAAUCCAAUCAAGGGCAGCAAUUCAAUCAGGAAGCAUUCGUCCACAAAUCUUCCGCAUACAGGUAUCACCCCUAUAACCAGUCUCAAAACAACCCCUAUGACCGGCAGUCGCAGGCACAGGUGUCAUCGUCAAGCCCUGCGUAUCCACCGCAGCCGACCCCGUCUCCUAGUCCUAAACAAUGCGAGAAGUGUGGUUAUGUAUGCGAGUCGGCCGCACAAUUAAUCGACCAUCUUAAUAUUGCUCACCCUACCCAACCUGCCUCGCAUCUCGUUCCAUAUCAGUCGAAUCAGCACUUUAUGUUUGAACAACAUCCGGCCGUCAAACAGGAAGAUUCGACUCAAAGUGAAAUUCUAGACCUCGAUUCUCACAAAGUCGUUCACAACGUUUUUCCUGAAGAUGAAAAGCGCCAAAACGGCGAUCCGAAUCCGCAUUCGGUAUCGGCUAUGUUGAAUUCUUGGCCGCCGUCUCAGCAGAAAUUAUUCCCGCAACAAGAUCAGAGAAUGUUUGCGAACGCUGAUCCAAAAAUGUAUCCACAAAACAUUCCAGAAGACAUUCCAGAAACGAAGAUGUUUCAUCCCGAUCAGAAGCUUUUCCAGCCUCAUCAGUUGCACAAUCAGGAAUUUAUGAGUAACGGCGUUACCACCACGACGCAAGAAAACAGUAUCGCGCAAUCGCCUCAUUCCUACCGCUCUUUCGAGCAUAUGACGUCGCCUCCAAGUGCUCCGGUCAUAUCCAGUACACAAGUUCCUACGAAUCCGGUUCCUCCGCCUGUUCCUGUAAAAGGAUCGAACUGGAAAUCGAACGAAGCCCGAAGACCGAAAACGUAUAAUUGUACCGCUUGCAACAAGUGGUUCACGAGUUCAGGGCAUCUAAAGAGACAUUAUAAUACAACUCUUCAUAAAAACGCAGUAAAAUCCAGCGGACAACCCGACCCGGCGAGUUUACCAAUCAGUGCUCACCAUCACCCGGCUAGAGAUUCGUCGUCCAAACAAGAUGACCGUUCGCAGUCCGGCAGUUCCGGUGACGAAGUGCGCAGCGACGAUAAUUCCAGCAUAUCGCAAUACGAUAGACUCAGUUCUCUGCAAGGUUUAAACGGACCUUACGAUAGACAACCACCGCCAUCUAUCCACCACACUCCUCCACUUCAUUCCCCCAUGUCGCAUUCUCCCAUGCCGCACUCUCCUAUGGCCCAACAUCCUAGUCCUUUAGGGAACAAUUUAGUAAAUCCAAAUUUGUCGAACGGAAGUUCCCCAAACGGGGAAGCAGGCCUCUCAACCACCAGCAUAGAUUCGAGGGGCCUGCUAUCGCUGAGUUCGCCCCCGAUCAAUACGGGCAGUACCCCCCAUGGGUUCAAUAUGCCGGCCCAGCAUAUGAUGUCAAUGGAGAACAGCCAAUUUCAGAUGUACCCAAACGAGUUGGCCCCCCACGUUACGCAGGUUAUGGCUAUCAGCAACCUCAGUACUACUGGUGAAUACCAAUACGAUCACCAGAGCACUGUGACUGAAGAAAAUCAGCCAUUGCCGAGUUUUGCGCAGAUCCAAGCGCUCAGAUUCAACGUUCUUGGUUAUGAUUCAGCGAACGUGGGGGGCAGGGGUUCGGUAACGGCCCCUUAUACUUAUUUCACCGAAUCGGUUGUUCCGGAAAUGAAGACUGUGAUGUAUCACACCGACAACGUCAGCAAGUUGACCGUACUUACCGCUGUCGAACCGCCUCCACCAGAUCAGUACAUUCUCGGCUAUUCGUCGCCUGAUCGUCACCACGAAGAAGAUCUCAGCAUGAUUUCCAUGACGUCCGAGAACGAAACGAAAAUAAUGGAAGAAAAUAAAAUGCAAAUAAUGGACGACAUCAAGUUGAGAUUAGAAGCUCAACCCAAAUCUCCAGAAAAGGCGCACAUUAAGCGAGAUUACGAGGAAAACACCGGCAUCCCUUUGAUUACUUCCACGAGUAAACCAGGCUUGCACAAAUGUUACGAUUGUGAUAAGAUCUUCAAUAAGGCUUGUUACCUUACUCAACACAACAAAACAUUCCACAGCGGAGAUAAACCGUUCAAAUGCACUAGGUGCGGUAAGAGGUUUUCAUGCGAGGUCACAUAUCAAGAGCACCUGUCGAAACAUGCUGGAGAGAAACCUCACAAAUGUGAUCUGUGUCCCAAGCAGUUCAAUCACAAAACGGACUUGAGGAGACACAUGUGCUUGCAUACGGGCCAGAAACCCUAUGCUUGCGAUACUUGCGGUAAAGGUUUCAUUCGCAAAGACCACAUGAUGAAGCAUUGCGAAACCCACAUCAGGAAAACACAGUCCAAGGUAGCGGCGAUUCGUUGAACAGCACUUUGUACGUAGAAAUUAAUUGUUUUGUCAUUUGGCACUUUUCUACUUAAAUGUGAACUCUAUUUAAAGAAUAUUUUAUUAUAUUUGUAAAUAUUUAUUUCCUAUACUUAACGUUUCUUUUUUGAAGAUGAACAGAAUGCGACAAAACAGAGUAAUAAUUCAUAUAAAAGAGAUGAUUGCUCAAUUUUAUUUUAUAGUGUCCGAUAAUAAUCAAUACUCAAAACAGCAAUACCUCAGAAUCUCAGUUAUUAAAUAUAGAUAUAAAAUAUUUAUAUCAGAUUUUUA